AUGCCCGACGCAACGUACCCAACCAUCACGCAGUGCGCGUUGGUUUCGGCCGCCUUUAAGAUUCUCCUGUUCCCCGCCUACAAAUCCACCGAUUUCGAAGUCCACCGCAACUGGCUCGCCAUCACACACAGCCUUCCCCUCUCCGAGUGGUACUACGAGGACACGUCGCAAUGGACGCUCGACUACCCGCCCUUUUUCGCCUACUUUGAGUGGCUGCUGUCGCACGUCGCCCGCCUCGCCGACCCGGCCAUGGUGCGCGUUUACAACCUCGAGCACGAUACCUGGCCGACUGUUUACUUUCAGCGCACCACCGUCCUCGUCACCGAGCUGCUGCUCGCCUACGCCCUGCAGCUGUUUCUCGAGUCCUCGCCGCUGGCCUCGCGCCGCUCCGCCCACGUCGCCGCGCUCUCGGUCCUGCUGUCGCCCGGCCUGCUCAUCAUCGAUCACAUCCAUUUCCAGUACAACGGCUUCAUGUAUGGUAUCCUCGUGCUGUCGCUUGUGCUCGCCCGCGGUAAGAACUCGCUGCUCGCGAGCGGCCUGGCGUUUGCGGCCCUGCUCUGCUUCAAGCACAUUUACGUCUACCUCGCCCCGGCAUACUUUAUCUACUUGCUGCGCACCUACUGUCUAUCGCCCAAAUCCAUAUUUGACAUCCGCUUCGUCAACUGCGUCAAGCUGGGUGGUGGUAUUGUGGCCAUUGUGGCGGCGGCUCUGGGUCCGUUUGCUGCGUUGAAGCAGAUGCCGCAGCUACUGAGUCGACUAUUUCCCUUUGCGCGGGGACUGUGCCACGCGUAUUGGGCUUCCAAUGUCUGGGCUUUGUACUCUUUUGCUGACCGGGCUCUCAUUGUUCUUGCCCCAAGGCUAGGCCUCGAUAUCAAGGCAGACGCUUUGCAGAGUGUCACACGCGGGCUUGUCGGAGACACUUCGUUUGCUGUCCUCCCUGAGAUUAGCGCCCGCACCUGCUUUGCCCUAACGCUGCUCUUCCAAGCGCUUCCGCUCAUCAAGCUCUUUAUGCAGCCGACGUGGGAGAACUUUAUCGGCGCGACGACGCUCUGUGGCUACGCAUCGUUCCUCUUCGGUUACCAUGUCCACGAGAAGGCGAUUUUGCUUGUGAUAAUUCCAUUUAGCUUGAUCGCGCUCCAAGACAGGCGACAUCUCUCAACAUUUCGGCCGUUGGCGGUCGCAGGCCACGUCUCCCUCUUUCCUCUUCUAUUCACCCCGGCCGAGUUCCCGAUCAAGACUGUCUACACGCUGCUAUGGCUGGUCGUCUUUCUAACAGCCUUUGAUAGGCUGGCGCCGGCGUCCAACAAGACCCGCUUCUUUCUGCUCGACCGCUUUAAUACGUUGUACAUUGCGCUGUGCAUCCCGUUGGUCAUCUACACGUCACUGUUGCACCAGCUCGUUUUUGGCCAACGCCUCGAGUUCCUGCCACUGAUGUUGACGAGCGUGUACACGGCGAUAGGCGUGUUCCAGCAUGACUUUGCCGGCAACGAGUGGCGCGUCUACGAGGAGCACAAGUCCCGGGUGCUCGCCCUGGUGCCACCCGACAAGCUCUUCGAGUACCACGUCCACGAGGGUGGGUGCCGCUGUGCGCAUUCCUCGGGCGCCAAGUGCCUGAGCGCGCGGCAGCCGGCGACACGCCGCACCUCAACAGCAGCGCGGCGUUCAUCGGCAGCCAUCGCGGGAUCAACUAUUACACGCCAGCGGCGCAAGUGA